AUGAGCUCUGGAUACGUCCGAGGGCCGCAGUGUGGGGUGGACAAUUGCACCUCGAACCUGUGGAAACGAAUCGACGGGCGAAAUGUCUGUUUUUACGGACAUGUGAACGAAAACGACAUUGAGAUAGAUGAUGAGGAAGAUCAGCUGGACAAACAAACAAUGGGCACCUAUUCGCGACGUUUGCGAAACGUCGCUGGCCUCACAAACACAGCCGCAAAAGACCUUCGAAGCCAGCAGUUUCUGCAAGAGCAGCAGCGAGACUAUGCACACGGUAUGGAAUUACGCAAGCUUCUUGUGCAAUGUUUACAGAUCAUCCUGAUGAGACAAACUGAGACCCUCGAGGACAAGCUCAAGCUUCCCCAAGGAUACCAGUCGGUGGUAAAGCGGUACUGGGCAAUAUACCUUCUUCACAAACAUACCAAAAAAGACUCGAAUGCCGUUUUGAGCCAGAUGGCUGAUUUUUCAAGCGUGCCCACUGUUUCUGACCUCUUGGUGUUUUGCUACCUUGGACUUGUUCGAAUGAAACUCCCUGUCUAUUUUAGCGACCUUUGGGGUCUGGCAUGUAGCGGAGAGUUGCCUUAUCUACGAGCAGAAAAUGUUAUUCCUUUGGAUCUGCGGCUGCGUGUUCCAGUGCAUGCCCUGAGAGUCUUCCACGGCGCUGCGGGAGAUAGGGUCGACCAUUUUGCGAAAAUGAAACACACAAUGCAUAUUCUUGGAAUAAGUAGCGAAUUUGCGCCCCCUAUCAAUUGGUAUCCGUUGCUGACUAAGACCGUUUUGCAGCUACGGUUGCCUUUGGAGAUAAUUGAGGAGGUGUCGAAUUUCAUCGAGCUGGCUAAAAUAGACAUGGGUAUAGACAUGCGCGGCGCGCACCAUCCGGAGUUGAAACUUUGGGCGCUUUUGAUAGUGACGGCGUGCGGACAUUUCAAAACGAAUGCAACAAAAUACAAGGUCUGGAAAUUGCUGCACGAGUCCAGGGCUGCAACCAAACACAAUAAGAUUGUGAUGCAGAACCAGAUAGUUAACAAGUCCGGUUUUCUGGAUCUUGUCAGCUGGACUGACAAGCAAACAGCAGAAUAUCUCGACUUUUUCGAGACAAGCAUACUGCCUAUUAUCUCGAAGGAAAACGUGGUAGACGACACCAACACCAAAUAUCACAUGCAGAAGAUGAUGACUAGCAGACUCUUCAACAUUUUCGACCUACCGUCUCGCGCUGAAACGGAAGAAGACCCUUUGACGCAAUUGGUGACAGAUUACCGAGCGUACGCCGAAUCUUCAGGCGACCACGACUAUAACGAGGCGGAGUUGAUAGCCGUAUUAAAAGCAGAAAUGCGUGCGCAUUAUGGGCUACGGACGCCCAUUAUUGAUAGGCUGGUCAGUUGGGCCCUGAAGAUGUUGGGCACCAUAUCAGCUUAUCAAUGA